UUGCACUCUUUUUAAUGAGUGUAUUGUAUUGUCAUGAUUUUUAUGACUAUUGUUGUAUUCCAGCUGAUCAAAUCUACAGUAGCACAGGUUCUAGUGGCCACAGAGACGGAGGGUGAGCGUCCAGGCUGGAGUUGUUUGGGUUGUGGCGCAGUGUGUCUAAUUGAGGACACGUUCAUUCACAGCCACUUCCUGCGUCUGUACUGUGUCAAGCGUGCCAAAUUACUGUGGGAGCAGGAGCUCUACGUCCCAUUCCAGUACACUGCAACUCGCACGUUCUUCCACACCUUCCCUGCAGACGGCCACCAAGUUGGCCUCAACUUUGCAAACGAGGCCGAGGCAGGGGGAUUUCAUCUGGCAGUGGAGGCUGUCCAGAGAAAUCAAGAAAAGAUGACCAUGAUGACUGAAAUAGCAGUGACUGAAAACAAAUCAACAAGUGAUCCACCUGAUUCAGGAACUGAGCCACUAGAGCAGUUGGACGAGGAGCCACAUUCCCCCGUGGACGAACCAUCCAUAGCAGUUACUGCACCCUCCAGUUCAAACUUUAAGGAUCUGGAUCCCGCAAUGAGGAGGCUAUUGAUUCGGGCGAGACUCACUGAGGAAGACCUGAAAGACAAAGAUGUAGCCGAAGCUGUCGACUGCAUCAUCAACCAAUUUGGAGGACUAAAGGCUGUGCAGAGAGAGCUGAGGAACAAAGGUCCAAUGUCUCAGACAUUGCCGAGAGCGACAGGAGCAUCCAUCUCCCUCGCUCUGAAGAAAGGGCCCUUGCCACCAGUUCCUUCCAUCAAAGGCGGCACUACCUCCCAGCAGACACCACAGUGCACAGACACACGAAACCAAAGCCAGAUUCCCUCUUGGAUUCCUCCUCCUCCAUCUACUCCUGCUCCAGGUCUCCCAGAGCGGCUCAGAAAGAGUGCGAGUUUCAAACAUGUGGGCUCCCCAGCAGCUGCAGGAAGAGGUGACCCCAUCCUGACUGCACUGACAGAACUGUUCAGACAGAAGCAGCUGCUUCAGGGAGGCACAAGUGCAGAUGGGCGUCAAUUGAAGCCAGACACUAAGAGUGACGAGCAGUUUUAAAGUAACUUUGGUUUUAACUGUGCUGUGUAUGAUAUACUCACAUAUCGAUGACUGUGUUCAUACUGUCACCAAGGACACUUCUCUUUAUGUCACUGUGUGUGUGUAAAUCUUUAUUUACUCAAUUACGACCUUAUUUAUAUUAGCCCGAGAAACAGACAAAGAGUAUAUGCAGCUCACCACCUUGGUCAGCAAAUACACACAAGAAAUAAGUUAAUCACAAAACACUGUUGAUCACAAAGCUAAAACGUAGACUACAAGAUUUUAAACUAUAUGUGGAAUAGUAUAAAAAAGACUAAAUAAAUAACAGUAUCCAAAAAUAUCUAAAGACUUAUAGACUAAUAAAGUUAUGUAAAAGCAAACAAAGAACAUGACCUUUGAAAUAUUAUUAAGAUAGACAGCAGAUAAAGAGCUCUGUAUAUGGAUAUUUAUGUUACUGGGAGGCAGAGUACAGACGUCCUGAAGCCAGUAAUAAAAAUUAAUUACCUAAGAG